AUGAAACUUCGUUUUGUCUUGAUCAUGAGUUUUUACUUAUUAGUCAUGUGCAGCCGAUUAGUUGUGAAAAUUUUCAUUGUUAUAGAUCCUUCAUUAAAUUUGCAGGCUCCCACACUAUAUAUAUAUGUGUAUGGGAUGAUAAUUCAUGGAAUUUAUAUGAUCGUAGUUGCACUUAUUGGCUGCUGUGGUUCAUCUCGUGAAUCUCCUGUUCUUCUCACAAUAUAUGUAAUAACAGUAUCUGUUAUCGUUGCAUGCACUAUGUCAUCAGCAGUUUAUCUUAUCUUCAUAAAAUCCAAUGUUGAUGCUGAAAUAUCUAAUACAUUGGCUCAAAUGGUUCAAAAUUAUUAUCGAGGGAGUGGAAUUAUUACAGAAAGCUUGGACAGAUUACAACAGGCAUUUCAAUGUUGUGGUAAUGCUGGUUGUAGUGAUUUUCGACUCCUGCAACAGGAUAUUCCUCAUUCAUGUGACAUCAGGUGUGAUGGUUGUAGCCAUCGUAUAAUGCUUACCCUGCGAAUUGGUUUUUCUAUUGCAUUCUUAUUGCAGUUAAUUGCAAUUGUGGCGGGAUUAUUUCUUAUCAUAAGAUCAAAGAGGAGCUGGAAUCAAAGGUGGCUGAUUAAAAUAGAUGAUAACAAAAAUAAAUGUAAAAAUAACUCUUACUGGUAUCUAAGAGAUUGCCAUAAUUUGGAUUCACUGCGGAAUAGUUAUUAUCAAGAUGUGGUUUCAAGCAGCUCACAUUAG